CCCGCCCAUUUCUACAUGGUGGGUGAAGGGGGGGAAAAAAACUGCUGCACAAAAAAAAAUCUGCCUAUUCUCUUAAUCGAACGGUUCCGAUUGGCUGGCUCCGGGGGUGGGUGUGGUGACGUCGCCAGGGUCAUUGCCUGGCUCCUCCUGCCUCUAGGCUGCUGCGUCACUCGGGCCGAGGUGCGGCCCGAGGAUAAGAAGGAGGAGGACGCGCUCCUGCCUGGACCCCCCCGGGAGAGGCGGGGGAGGAAGACACCGAGCCACUGUGAGGGGAAGAAGAAGAGGAGGAGCCGGGGGAGGAAUCUGAGGGGACCCCGGGCUGUUGCAAAACUACAACUCCUACACUACACUUUCCUGUCUGAAUCCCGUCAGCAGAUCCACGCAGCCCAGAAUUUAGGUUCUUUUUACAAUGUGAUGGAGGGACGGGAGCCCUCCACCCGACCUAGCCGUACCACACCUGCCAGUCCGAGGGUGACCCAAGCAUUGGUGAAACGGCCGCGCUUCCAGACUCUGGCACGAUUUUGGGAGGGUCAGGAUGUUUUAGCUCGUUGGACGGAUGGACUCCUGUAUCUUGGCAUCAUCAAAAAGGUUCACGAGCAGGUGGACAGCGCACAGGAGACGUGUUUAGUUCGCUUUGAAGAUAACUCCCAGUUCUCGGUGCUCUGGAAGGACAUCUUCCCCCCUGCUGUGCCCGGAAAGGAGCAGUUGUGCUGUGUGUGCAACUCACAAUCGUGUACCCCCGACAAUAAGCUGAUACAUUGUGGGAAGUGUAAGCACGCUUAUCAUCAGGAAUGUCAUGUGCCCAGCGUGCCAUGCGAUACAGAUAGUGCAGGGAGUUCCUGGAUGUGCAGACAAUGCGUCUUUGCAGUGGCUACCAAGAGAGGUGGCGCGCUCAAGAAGGGCCCCUUCGCGCGCUCUAUGCUGCAGAUGAAGCUGUCUUUGCCCUAUCAGCUGAAGUCUUUAGAGUGGGACCCACUGCACUUAACCAAUAAGCAGCAAUGUUACUGCUACUGCGGGGGGCCUGGAGAAUGGAACAUGAAGAUGCUUCAGUGCUGUCGCUGUCUGCAGUGGUUUCAUGAAGCUUGUACACAGUGUCUGAGCAAACCGCUUUUAUACGGAGAUAGGUUUUAUGUUUUCGAAUGCUCGGUCUGUACAAGAGGUCCAGAAAACGCCUGGAGACUUCCUUUGGGAUGGGUGGAUGUGUCGCACCUCGUCCUCUAUCACCUCAGUAUUUGUUGUAAGAAGAAAUAUUUUGAUUUUGAACGGGAAAUCUUGUCUUUUGUCAAUGAGAACUGGGAGAGUCUACUGCUGGGUGAGCUUACAGAUACCCCUCGGUCGGACAGGUACUCCCAUCUGCUUCACGCCUUGACAGCUGAGAAAGACAGGUUUAUCUCUGGGAAGGAGAUUAAGAAGAAGAAGUGUCUUUUUGGACUCCAGAGCCGUGUCCCCCCUCCCGCCCCACAGACGACAGUGACUGAGCUGAGGCUACAGGAGACAGACGUGAGAGGAUCCACUCCUUGUGUAAGUUCCCUUUUAGGGAGGAUGGGGGUCCUGAGAAGCCCCCCACACAAAACAAAGACACCAAGUAUAGAGAAACGGACACGGAAGGAGAGGAAGAAGCUGCAGAGAGCUCUUACCCAGGAUGUGGCACAAAAUCCAUUUAGUUGCAACCAGGAGUACCUGGGAUACCGCGGUAGCGCCUACAACUUCCGACGCACUGGAGCGCGUUGCCUGCAGAGCCCUCCUAUUAGGAUGUUCGCCUCCUUCCACCCAUCAGCAAACACUUCUGGGACUGUGGCUGCUUCUCUACAAUCCAGUGAGGCGUCUCCAGCAGUCUCAGAGGUGCCGCCACCUCCUCCUGAGGCGAAGGAGACAUCGACGCCUGUUCCAGAUCCUUCCUCUCCUCCCGCAUCUCAAUCCUCAUCCUCCUCUGAUGGCUGUGAGUGGUCGGGGUCACCGCCAGAGCAGGGCAUGAAGGUGCUUGCCCGGAGAAUCACUGCAGAAGGGGCGACUGAAUAUUUAGUUGAAAGGGCAGAAGGUGAGAUCUUCUGAUGGCUGGGUGUGAUGGAAAUCCGCAAAGAUCACGCGCUCUGCUCUACCAUGUGCUACCUGCGAAGAUCCCAUGAUCUUGGCUUAUUGUACAUACAGUUCUCCAAGGCUAUUCCUGAACUCUCUGUACACGCGUGUACAUAGCGCUGCUUGUGAUUCUCGUCCUGUCACGUGUUUAUACAGUGUCAGCUCACGGAGGCUGCAUCACAUUACACAUGGACAGAUCGAUGACAUGAAGGAAAUCUGAGCUUUUUUAUUUUUGUUUUUCUUUCCUUUUUGUAUCUUCUAAUUUACAAUGUGGGAUCGAAGGUCCGAUGUUCUGUCCGUUCUAGGCUCCGGUUUACGAUGGUGUCUGUUUGUUGAAUAAUUGCACAGGUUCUUGUCUAUUAGAAUCUUCAUGAAAAAAAAAACACAUCCAUGUCUGUCCAGGAAUUAUUAAAAAAGUGACAGAA